GUCACCGGUCGCCGCCCGCCGUCGCCGGUCAGCUCCCUGCCUCCGUCCGGCAGCGCCUCCCCGGAUCCCCCUUCCAGCGCCCCUCAUUUAAGCGCCCGCCGCCCUCCCCCGGUUGCGCCGCUGCCACUGUGGGCCUGCGGCUGCUCCGCAACUGUCCUGUUCGCCGUGUCCGGCGAGGCGGCGAGGGCGUGAGGCGGCGAACCCGGCUAGGGCGCGACCGCGCUAGGCUGCAGCCUGCAGGUUGCCCGGCGUCCAAUGAGGCGAGGAACGCAAGAUGAAUAAAGGAAACAAGACAUUGAAUUCUUUUUUUCAAGUUCAAACCACCGAAACUGUAGAAAUAGGUCCUUCAGCUCAAACAACUGAUAAUACCCCCAAUGUUAGAGCUGAACUCAAACCCGGUGAUGUUGAAUCUGACCCCGAUAAGAGAAUACCAAUUGAGGAGUUAGAUCAUGACAUUAGAGAUCUUGCUAGAAGGGAGUACAUUAGUAUGGGUCCUUGCCAACCAACUAAUCAUACAUAUGAAAAGAUAAAUGGUAGGAGCUUUCAUGGCUAUUGGUUCAAUGAUCACCGCGGCUGGUUGGAAUAUAGCAUUGAAAAAAAGUCAUCCUUUUGCUUUUAUUGUUUUUUGUUUAAGCAACCAAGAGCUGAAAACUAUGGUAUUGAAGCAUUCACGAGAAAUGGAUUCAAAUCUUGGAAGGAUGGACCUAAAGUUUUUAAUCAGCAUGUUGGCAAGCAUGAUAGUGCUCAUAAUAAAUCUAGGCAACAUUAUGAGGAUUUCAAAAAUCAAAGACAAAAUCUGCCACAUGUGUUUGAUAGGGGUUCUCAGAAGAAAGAAGAAGAAUACAAAGCUCAUCUCUUGAUUGUAUUGGGUAUUGUCAAAUUUUUGACACUACAAGCUCUUGCUUUUCGUGGUCACGAUGAGUCUACUAGCUCAAUGAAUAAGGGUAACUUCAAAGAGUUGUUGGACUUGUUCAUAAAGAAAGACCCAAAGGUGGCAAAAUUAUUUGGGGAUGCGGGAGAUAACCAUAAGCUGACUUCACAUAAGAUACAAUUGGAUUUGUGCAAGGCUUGUGCAAAAGAGACCACCAAUGUCAUUCUUGAGGAGAUUGGAGAUAGUAAAUUUGCACUACUUGUUGAUGAGUCGAGAGAUGCAUCUAUGAAGGAGCAAAUGGCCAUGUGUUUGAGGUAUCUCGACAAACAAGGGGAGGUGAUUGAGAGAUUCAUGGCAGUUGAGCAUGUUCCUGACACGAGAGCAACUUCAUUGAUCUUGGAGGAAAAUCUUUAUGCUCAUUAUAUACAUUGUUUGGUACUCUUGGUUUAUCUAUGUCUAAUUUGAGAGGGCAGGGUUAUGAUGGGGCUUCAAACAUGAGAGGGGAAUUUCGUGGGUUGCAAAGAUUGAUCUUGGAGGAAAAUCCUUAUGCUCAUUAUAUACAUUGUUUUGUCCAUCAGUUAUAAUUAGUGGUUGUUGCUGUUGCCAAGUGUUGUUCAUCAGUAAGGGAUUUUUUUGAGUACACAAGCAUGGUUGUUAACAUUGUUAAUGCAUCUUGUAAAAGACAUG